GGUAAGGUCACUUUGAGGACUUUGUUCACGAGGAAAAUAAAACAAGAAAGAGAGAGAAAGAGAGAGGGAGAGAGAAAGAGAGAGAGAAAAACCGAAUUAACAAAAGGACAAGGGAAAAAACAAGAAUAAAAAAAGGAUGAGUGCGGUGAUAAACAUAAAUCAUCCGAAGCUGAGCAGUAAGCCACCGAUAAAGAAGUAUCCUCCGGGUAGGAUGAAUCCAAAGGAAAUGGCCACUGGUGUUAUCUUUGAGGAACGGAACGAUCUCGACGAUUCGUAUCAUCCCAUAGAGUCGAGCGAUUUCGUCGACAACGCGGAGACAACCGUAUCGGAGACGGACAAAUGUGUGAACGACGUUAAAAUGAAAAUGCGAAGUCUGGAAAUUAGCGACUGUAAUCAGAAUCUAAUAGAACCGAAUAACAGCUCGUUCGAGCAAUUAUGCAAAAUGAUAAAUGACCUGGAGGGAAAUAUUAUCGAGGACGUUCCUGGAUCGAGGCACUUCGACGCAGCUUCGAUCACCGACAAUCGCGGUGAAGUACCAUCCUUAAAUAUGAGAUAUAGUAAUCAACUCGAGCCGGAGAAAGAUCAUUGCAAAGAUAAAUGUGGAUCAAUCGGAGCGACCUACGAAGAUAUAAUGUCGUUUUUAGCGACGCUCGAAGACGGUAUAACAAGAAUUAGGGAAAAAAAAAGAAAGAAAUUACUUUUUUUACCGACAACUUUCCACCGGGAGUAUUAUUGUACGUUUCAAUGUUUGUACCUUCGUUGUAUACAUUUUAUAAUUAUCAUUUUUCAACAAACACAAAUCGCGUUCGUAGAUUAUCCGAACGAAGUACACGCAAAUCGAACGGAACCAGUUACGAGUGCGAUCAUUCAAGAUAUAUUUAUAAAGGACAAGUUUUCUUCUUAUUUAGAUCAUAAUAAGUGUGAUCCUUUAAGAAAUUAUUUCUCAAACGCGUUCAAAGACGACUUAAGUACGGCGCAGUUACAAUUGGAGGAGAAGGAGGCAACGAUUAAAUUAUUGAAGAACGAAUUAAAAAAUGAAAGAGAAGCAGCCUGCGAGAAAUUAAACGUAGAAAAUAAAAAACACGUUUCGAGGCUCGAGACGCAAGAAAAAAAAUAUCAAACGAUCGUGAAGAGACAUCAAAAGUUUAUGGAAAAGCUCAUUUCGGAGAAGACAGAUUUAACCGAUAAAUGUAAUUCGUUGGCACAAAGAAUCAAGGAAAUCGAAUCGAAGGCGGAAAAGGAUAUGAAAGUUUGUACGGAUAGGCAUCUCGUCGAAUUGCAACGAGCAAAGGAACAUUUCGCGGCCUCCGAAAAGAUAAGACGAGAGCGAUGGUUAGAGGCAAGAACAUCGAAAAUAAAGGAAAUGACGGUGAAGGGAUUAGAACCCGAAUUACGAAGCAUGGUCGAACAACAUCAGCUGGAGAUUCAGGAGAUACGAAGCACUCACAUAAAGGAACUUCAAGAUUCAGAGCUACGCAUAAUACGUCGCUCGAACCAGCAGCUAGAACAAUUACGUUUAGAACUUACAGCUAGUCACGAAAAAGUAUUAGCGAGCGAAAAGAAUAUCCUAUGGACCAGGUAUAAGGAGAAGCUAGAGGAACAGGAGGAACAGUUUCGUACGGAAAGAAUUAAAUUCGCGGAGGAUUUAGAACGCGAAAGGAACAGGUUCGAUGAGGAACUAGCUAAACGCGACAUGGAGAAAGAUACGAUUAUACGACAAACGUACACCCGGUUACAGAAAGAAUUAGAGGAUGAGAAGCUAAAACACCAAGCUGAAAAGGAGGCUCUUCGGGAGAGCCUGCAAAUGGAAUGGACGGAAUGGUUAGAGAAUUACAAGAAACAACAAAUAAUAAAACUAGAAAAAUCGGAAAAUAAAAUAAGAGAGGAAAGUCAGAGAGAACGUGAUAGACAAAUCGAGCUCGCUAUCGGUCGUCUUGAGAAGGAAGCUCGAGAUAUGAAAACGGUAGUUCAGCAAAGCUAUGAAAGUAAAUUAAGGUCUGUGAAAGAGAAAUACGAAAUGGAAUUGCACAUUGCAACUGAUAAUGAGAAGAUCCACAAACAAGCAUUAAUAUCGAUGGAAAAUAAACUUGCACAAACAGAAAAUAGAUUAAAAACGAUGAAAAAUAAACUCGAAGAAUGCGUAAAUAAUUUGAGCAAUAAAAAUGUGUUGAUAGAAACUUUAACAGCCGAAAGGGACAAUGCGAAAGGAAUCGCUCGACGAGAAAUUGAAGGAGAAAAAAGAGUUUUAGAGGACAAAAUUGCUUCGUUGUUUCAAGAAUUAACGCAAAACAAUGCCAACAAAGAAAUGUUAAUGUCACAAUUGUACAGCAGGGUUAAAUUGAUAAUAACUCAAAAAGUUUUAACUAUAAAAAAUCUUUCUAAGGAACUCGAAGGAGUCAAUGCUAAAUGCGGACAUUUAGAAAAAUUAUUGGAUCAACAACGAAAAGAAUACAUUUUAAAAUCUUUAUAAAUAUGAGGCGUACACUCUGUCUCUGCGAUUUCCGACUAUAAGCACUGAACACGACAGGCAUCGUUAAUUCACAAAUUCACACACCAUUAAUUCUCAUAGGCGAUGCAUGAGAACCUUAUAAUAACCUUUAUCUAAGAUGCAAGUAAACACGAACAUGUCAGUGGAUUGAAUUUGUUAUGAAAAGAUUUUCCAGCGCCGUUGAAUGUAGAAUUUAUUAUCACGUGCACAGGGCUAUGUCUACAUUAAAGAAAAAUAGAAAAGAAAAGAAAAGAAAAAAGAAAAGAAAAGAAAAGAAAAAAAAAAGAAAAAAAAAAAGAAAAAAAAAGAAAUUAUACACAUUCGUACAUACAUUUCAGUAUAAGAUCUUUAUCAUUGCUGUAUAACAUUUACAAGCAUGAAAUGUCACUGUUUAUUUCACCACAAUUUUAUAAAUGUAAGAUAAAAAUAUAAUUUAAAACUGAUUUUAAAUGCAGUCUUUAUAUUAACUCACGAUAAUUAUUGAUGUAAUGCAAUGAUCUUACCAUAUCAAUGUGAGUAAUAUUUCGUAUUAUAAUUUAGAUUUUGCAGAUUUUGCAGUAUCACUAUGAGUAUCAGCAUUUAUUACUUGAAAAAAAUAAUUAUGUUACGUUAGAAAAUGGUAGUUAUUUUCCUAUAUCUCACGCAUAUAAGAAUUACUUUUUUUUCAUUCUAACAAAUUUUAUAAUACCAUUAUAAAUUUUUUGAUAGUAUUGUCCCAAUAUUACGAUUUUCAUUAAUCGUACUACUUCUUUUUCUUUCUUCCUUUUUUUUUCUUUUUCUUUUUUUUCUUUUUUUUUUUUUUCUUUUUCUUUUUUUUUAAUCCUGUUUGAUAUUACUACAUCAACUUAUACAUCUGUCAUUAUGAAAGAUAUAUGUAUCUAUAUGUACAUAUUUCUGUUUAUCCUUUUAGUUUGAAAGAUAUAAUCUAAUACCACAUCCUAAUUUUACAACUUUAUUUGUAAAGUGAAAUUAAAUUUAAAAAGAGUAUUAUACUAUUAAGCUGUUAAGUAUAAUACGCAAAUCGCUUGUCCUCUUUUUGUUUUCAAUCAAUAUUAUUUUUCAAUAUUUACUCACAUAUAUAUAUACCACAAAAUAAAAUCACACUUUUUUUACUAUUUGUACAACAUCCUCGUCGCACAAGACAUGAUCCUUUCCCACUUUCUGUGGCUGAUGUUUUACCGAUGACCCCCAUACUAACGCACUAAGAUAUUAAUAAUUAACUUUUAUUAAUCCUUUAAAACCAGUGGGUAUAUAUAUAUAUAUAUAGAUAUAUUUAAUAGGUACUUACUAUUUGAAUUCCUUUGCUAUUGAUCUAUGAAGUUUAUUGCAAAAAUCUUCUACCGUUCUUCUUUCUGUAUUUAAUACUACAGGAGAAUUGUAAUCUGGUAGUUGACCUUUAGGUUUGGUAUAACUGUUGAACAAAGUGAUAUAAAUAGCUUUUAAGAAAUUAUUAAAAAUAUUGUUUAAUUAUUUGAUUAUUUCAGACUUACAUUCUAACGAGUUGUAAAUAAUCCCACAUCUUCUCCAACAAAUCAUCAAAAUUCCAUUUGUGAUGAGCAGAAAUAGGUACACAAUGUGGUAUUUUAUAUAUAACAUCCAAUUCUUCUAUACUUAUUUGAUCUAAAAAUAAAAAGAAGAAGAGAAGACAAAAACGCAAUUUUUUACAGGGUCCUCACCCAAACAUAUUCAUUUAUAGAAAUAUUAUAUGUUUCAUAAUUACCGAUUUUAUUCAACAAAUAAAUACAUGGUAUGUAAACUCGGUUCCCUUCAAUGACAUCAAUCAAAUCGUCCGAUGUAGCAUUAUAUCGUAGAUUUACAUCUCCAUUGUAAAUUCUGUACUCUGCCAGUAUAGCCUUGACUGACUCUAAAUCAAGUUCUGAUUGUGCACACUGGCAAACAAUGCAACUGCCUUAGUCUUUCUGUCAAAUGCCUGUCUGGUAAUUAUGUUAAAUUUAUUGUGAUAAUGUUAAAAGGUUACACUUGGCUCAUUCCACUACAGUGAUCGCAUAAAUAAUCUCAAGAUAACAUAACUAAAGCUUAGGUUAUACAUCGUGUCAUUUUACUAAUUAACGAGCAUACUAAAUUUGGAAUUUUUUAGUACGUAUUAUAGUAAAACCAAUAAAAAAUCUGUAAAAAAAAAAAAAGAAAAAAUAAGCCACUGCCCCUAUUAUUUAAUGUUAACAAUCACUACAGAUAUAAAUAUAUAGAGUAAGUUAAACAAUGUUUUUGACAGUGACUUUAUAUUCUUAAGGAUUAUACCAAAUUAAUUGUUAAUUGUUAAAUAUAAAAAUAGAAAUAAUUGUCUAUAUAUCCUUAA